CCCGGAGGUACCUGACUGGACGCUCCCUGCCGGAUCGUCCCGGGCUGUCUGGAACAAACUUGAGCCGAACUCCCGGCCUGUGGCAUCGCCAUGGGUCGUGCAUUGCUGGUCCUCUUAUUGCCUGCAACGGUCUCUCUCCUGGGUGGGUUGAUGUUUGGAUACGAACUGGGGAUUAUCUCUGGUGCCCUACUGCAAUUGCAGAUGGAGUUCCACCUCAGCUGCUUUGAACAGGAAAUCCUUGUGAGUUCUCUGCUCAUUGGGGCUCUCCUUGCCUCUCUGGUUGGUGGGAUCCUCAUUGACCGUCACGGAAGGAGGAGGGCAAUACUAGUCAGCAACCUAAUUUUGUUGUGUGGCAGCCUUGUUCUAACAUUGGCCAGGUCACUUAUUUGGCUGGUAUUAGGACGGAUGAUUGUAGGGCUUGCAAUCUCUGUAUCGUCCAUGGCUUGCUGCAUCUAUGUCUCCGAAAUGGUGGCUGCUCAUCAGCGAGGGCUGCUGGUGUCUCUCUAUGAAGCUGGCAUCACCGUGGGCAUCUUACUGUCAUAUGCACUGAACUACAUCUUCUCAGACAUGACCGAGGGGUGGAGAUACAUGUUUGGAUUGGCUCUUGCACCGACUGUCCUACAGUUUCUCAGUAUCCUGCUCCUCCCAACGAAACCUGUUAUAUUAAACAAAUGGGACUAUGACUCUCACAAGGGCCUCAUUCAACAGCAGAGCAAUGAAGAUGGAGAGGAAGCAAAGCCAGAGCCACGGCAGGAGAAGCAUUAUUCGUUUCUUGACCUUUUCAGGUCUAGAGACAACAUGAGAAGCAGGACUCUCGUUGGCCUGGGCUUGGUGCUCUUUCAGCAGUUCACAGGGCAACCUAAGAUUCCUCUGCCGUCCUGGCUUCUGUGGGGCUUGGGACUGUAUGGCUGCCACUCCUCUGCCGUCCUGGCUUCUGUGGGGCUUGGGGCGAUGAAGGUGAUUGCAACGUUAGUGGCAAUGGUUUUCGCAGAUAAGGCCGGCAGAAGGGUGUUACUGAUUGCUGGGUGUGUGGUGAUGUCUGUCUCCGUCACGGCUAUUGGCCUCACCAGCUGGACUGUUCCACUGGAUAAGGCGAGAGACUGUAUGGCUGCCACGGAGUCCAAUGCCUCAUACACCGUAACACAGCAUCCCGUGCAGUCAGCAUCCUCCCGGCCUGCUGCAUGGUCCAUCCCACAGACUUCAGCUGCUGGCGAAAGUCAAGUGAGUCCCGGUUUUGCUCUUGCAAGACCAGAGGGCCUUGCUGCCCUUGCCAGCGCUAGAAACAGAGUGAGCAUUACAGAGUCUUCCCACACUCAGAAAAUGAACCUGCCAAGUCAGUCCGAUGAAGAGACAGAGCAGAGCACAAGCUCUCCUUUCAGUGGCACUCCCGAUGGGAAACAUAUGGUGUUAAAUUGGAUUACGCUGCUGAGCAUGAUGGCCUUUGUGAGCGCGUUCUCAAUUGGAUUUGGACCAAUAACGUGGUUGGUCCUCAGUGAGAUCUAUCCUGCUGGAAUAAGAGGAAGGGCCUUUUCCUUCUGCAACAGCUUUAACUGGGCUGCUAAUUUACUGAUCAGCCUCUCGUUCCUUGAUCUUAUUGAUGCCAUUGGCUUGUCAUGGAUGUUUCUUCUCUAUGGAUUAGUGGGAGUGACAGCUGUUAUAUUUAUUUAUCUUUUUGUUCCGGAAACUAAAGGACAAUCCCUAGAGGAGAUAGACCAGCAGUUCUCACAGAAACGGUUGUGGAAAGGAAACACAUUCGGAAGAAGAUUUGGAAGAGGAGGAAAUUUUGCACAUGCUCAGUACCAAAGGGUAGAGCACUCCAGCAUCUCCUGAAACAAACCACCUGCAGGGAGUGUCACUGUCAGGAAAUAAACAU